UCCUCUUUCCGUGAUUCCCCUGCAGAUUAAAAGUGGUAAGAGUGAGAAGGAGGUGCAGCAGCUGCUUCUGAAGAGUGUCCAGUAUCUGGAGCGUUACAUGUACCUGAUCCUCUUCAACAGCUACCUGCAUCUGGAGAAGAAAAACUCCUGGCAACGAUCCUUCACCACCUGGAUGCAACAGGUGGCAGCCAGGGCCGGGGUGUGGUCGACCUUCUCAACCAGCUGGGUUUCUCCGAGUUUGAGAACCUUCGGGACACGCCACUUGCCAGGCUCCGCUGCCGGUGGCAACGACAGAACAUCCAAUCACGUCCCUUCAGGGGGGCGUUGAUCUGAGCUGAGGAGAGAUCACUGUGAACCGCCAGACUAUGGCUGCUUCUGAAGUGCUACUCUAUUCCCUGUUCAGUUCACUACUUUUGACCAGGGCCCUCUGCACUCUAAAGGGACUAGGGUGCCAUUUUAUACAACCUAUGUCCUCCUGUGCUUUUUUUAUUUUUAUUUUUAUAUAUAUACCUUUAAAAUGCUAAAAUGCUUUUGUAUUUUGAAAUGUAAUAAUGCUUUGUAUUUUUACCCUCGUAUCACUCUGAUACUCUAUUAUUAUAAUACUGCCUGUUUUCAAACCCACUACCAAUGUUAUUUAGUAUUUGACUGGACGUUUCAGUUCUGUCAGUCGGUAUUUCCUGGUUCUGAUGCUUCUGACUGCUUCUGACUGCCGCACAGAUUCAAGCUGACAUUUUACGUCUCAUUUGCUCUAUUGUUCCAUUGUUAAUAUAGGAGGAGAAUGAAUUAUUAUGUUGUUAAGGUUAGUUUGAGGUUAUGUUAAGGUUAGUUUGAGGUUAAGGUUAGUUUGAGGUUAAGGUUAGUUUGAGGUUAAGGUUAGUUUUGAGGUUAUGUUAAGGUUCGUUUGAGGUUAUGUUAAGGUUCGUUUGAGGUUAAGGUUAGUUUGAGGUUAAGGUUAGUUUGAGGUUAAGGUUAGUUUGAGGUUAUGUUAAGGUUCGUUUGAGGUUAUGUUAAGGUUCGUUUGAGGUUAAGGUUAGUUUGAGGUUAUCUUACGGUUAGUUUGAGGUUAUCUUACGGUUAGUUUGAGGUUACGGUAAGGGUUAGAGUUAGGGAAAGGCUUCACCUUUUGGGCUAGCGGAACUCCACCUCCGUGAAUAUUCUGCCGGUUAAAUAGACACCACCUUAAUCAGAAGACAGUAUUAGUAUUAGUCUGUAUUAGAACGUAUUGGAAAGUUUCUCCAGUUUUAAAAUAGAGUUGAAACUACAGACUUUUAAAACAAACAGCUUCUUUGUUUAGAUGGAAUACAUUUCUGUUACUUUAAUCAACAUCCAGUAUCAGAGUCUCCAAGUCCACUUCCAGGUAUUCGUUUGCCAAGCUGCUGUAGAUGCUGCCAAGGCGAAGCUUCUGCUCUGUGUUUUACUGCUGUUUGUAUGUGUCUCAGUCCUCACUUCUUCACAGCGGUUUCUCCUCUCAUUAAAGGGUUCAUCUGCG